ACUAUCUAUGGCAAAACCAAUCACCAACCCUUCCUAUAAAAUCCCUCCCACCGAAUUCCUUGCCCUGAUCUCAAGCUUUCUGAGCGCAAAAGCAUUCGAUAGAGGGGUCUCCAUCCAAGCUUUUCAGAGAUCCAAGGCAGGCUUCCUGCAGCUCGACCACGAUGGAGAUGAAGACGAUCGUUUGCGCCGUCCUCGUCGCCGCUGCCUCGGCCACCACCGCGCUGGCUGCUGAGGCCCCGGCACCGGGCCCCUCCAGUGGCUCAUUCGCGGUCGCCCCUGCCUUCGAGACCCUCGUCGCUGCCUCCGUCCUCUCCCUCUUCGCCUAUUACUUGCACUAGAUUCUUUGCAGGAGAGAAGUUUCCGUUGUGGCGUGUUCUCAAAAUGAAUGAAUAAUUAAUUCCUCAUUUGGUUUAAUUCCGUGGCAAAUCUAUGCAUUAAUUAUUCGGUUCGGUUCCUUCUUUUUGUCUCAUAUCGCACUUGUUCUGGCGAUGAAGGGAAGGUUGGAUUGUGAGAUUGGCUUGUGCUGCAUUUGCUCGGGUGAUGAUGAAUUGAAUGCAAUCCCACACGUUGUUACGUGAUCUCAA